AAGUGGAUAGAAUUCCUUUCCACACCACAAUGGAAGAGAACGAGAAGAAGAAGAAGCACAAAGCCAAACACAAAGACCCAACCAACCCUCACUUCAAACCCACAUCUGAUGUCAAAGGCAUUCGAUUCGGCAGCCAAUUCAUCGUCAAAUCCUUCACAGUCCGUCGCUCAUCUCCAUUAGAACUCCUCCGUCUCCUCGCCAUCUCACCUUCUCAUCACAGCCGCACCAAUGGCCUCCCUUUCCCUUCCACAACCAUGUACCUUCCCACCAACUUCACCAUUCUCGCUCACCACGCAUGGCACACUCUGACCCUCGGCCUCGGUACCAAAAAGUCAAAAGUUGCUCUCUUUGUGUUCGAGACAGAGACCAUGAAGGCUGCUGUUGAUAGAAUUUGGCCUGCCAUGAUUCCUCUUGGAGAUGUGAACAAGAAAUUGAUUCGUGGGCUCAGUGGAUGUGAGAUGGCAAGGUUUAAGUUCAGAAAAGGUUGCUUGACUUUCUAUAUUUAUGCUGUGAGGAGAUUGGGAGCCUCUUGUUUUCCCUCUGCUGAUGAUUUGAGGAUAGUUUUGGAGUCUGUGGUGGCGCUUAAGGAUUUCCUUGAUCAUACAGCUAUGCUGGCUUUGCCGAGCCAGAAGAGCAUCACCUUCCAGUCUGCUGUUUCCAUGGCUAAAUGAAGGAGAUUGUGUGUUUUUGGCUGUUGGAGGCGUUCUUCUCUUCAAAGGUGUCUCCUUUCUUUGAAAUUAAUGGCCGAAUUUCAGCAAGUUGAUAUUUUUUUAUUUGUUUAUUUUCCCUUUGAGCACAUAACAUUCAUUCUUUCUACUCUUACAUAGAAAAUCAAUGUAUCUUUGUUCUUUUAUUUCGUUUUGCCUUGUAAACUGCUGAUACUCUUAAUUUCUUUGAUUAGUAUUGA